AUGGAUGAUUCUUCGGAAGAUGAGUCUUUAAUCGACAUCAGACAAUGUUGCAACAACAGGCAGAAAUGCUGGAAAUACAUUGUCGAGAACAUAUUUGUGGUUUCCAGUCUGGCUGCUGUCGUCCUGGGGAUCGCUUUCGGCUUGAUUGCCAAGACUUACUUCCAUAUUACAGACAUCGAACAACUCUACAUUGGCUUUCCAGGAGAAAUCCUCAUGCGGAUGCUUCAGAUGGUUAUGGCUCCUCUCAUUGUGACUAGUGUGAUAACAGGUGAGCUACAGGGGUUUUUCUCCCUAUAUUAACUGUUACAUGGGGUCAUACGUGUCACUACCCACACAAAGUAUUAAAGGAACACACCACCCAAACUGUAAAUAGUAAAUAGUUGACUUUUAAGUCACAAUACAAAUAGUAUGGAAUACAUCUUUCC